AUGGUACGAUUGACGAUAACACCCGCCGUAGCCGAAGGUCAACAGAAGCUGGCUGAGGUCAGAUUCGGACGGCGAAUCGCGGCGACACCAGAGGACACAGAGCAGGAAACCACAGCAGGUACUGUCAGCAAGACUGCGGCGACAGCCAAAGCCGAAGAGCCGACUCUUGGCGAUUAUGUGAUCGGAGACCCCAUCACGCACAGCCAGAUAUUAGAUUUGUGGAAAAGUCUGAAGACGGAAGGCAUCGAGGGAUUCGGUUUGGAGGGACUGUUGCGAGGCGCCACGGUCUACACACCCCCGCCACCUCCAAAGCCUGAACCAUCCGCCGAGUACAAAGCCCUGAUGGCCCGCCUGCGACGCGAGGAAGAAGAACGAACAUACCAGCGAAUGAUGAAGCAACCGUCCCGAAUGGAGGCCUUUUCCCAGCAGUUUCCCAGCACCGCUGCCCGAGCGCACGCCUUUGCCGAAGUAAACCGCCCUAUGAACGAAGCAGAUAACGGCGAUGACGAAGUGACGCUCGGGGAUGUGCAGAAGCAGAUGAUGGUCAUUCUCAACUUUCUCAUAAGCAUCAUUGGUGUCGCGGCCACCAUUUGGAUAGCAGCUCGAUGGUGGAAUGUCACUGCCCGAAUAUUCUUGACGCUUGGAGGCGCCAUUCUAGUCUUAAUAGCAGAGGUCGCCGUGUACUCAGGCUAUGUUUGGAGGAUAGGGGAGGCCAAGUCCAAGACGAAAGAACCGGAAGAAAUCAGAGAGGUGAUGCAGUCAUGGGUGCUGGGUAAGGAGAGCAAGGGCGAGCCAGCCGGAGAAUCGGCUAUCCUUCUUGAUACGAAAUCGCAAGAUACAGACGAAGGCAUACGGCGAAGACUAAAGGGGCUCUCAGGUGCCGACAAACCACUGCAAGGCGUGCUGUUGCGACAUCCCCAUUACUCUGUCGAGAAGCUCCGUCAUGGCGCGACGCGCUCCAGGUGGGGCCUGGAUGUUCCCCCCGGUCUGGGCCCGAUCACUGCCUCUGCAUCUCUCUUCAGCCUCGGCCUUGUUGACCUGUCUUUCGGAUGCUCUUCUCUUAUCACGCCGAAUUCUCUCCCGCGCGAAGCACUGAGCGCGCGCGUCGCUACUUUCACUGCCUUGGCUGAAGGCAUGGAUCAAAUCGCAGACACCAGCCAGCGGUCUUCACCCGAUUCUACAAGAACAACAGCCAACAAGAGACGAACCCUCAAAACUUACAGCAAACGCACGCGCGCCGCUGAUGAAGAAGUCGGCUCUUUCCUGUUCAAGAAGCGCAAACCCGAGAUCGAACCAGCAACGCGGACGCCAGACCUCCCACGGCUUCCUCCCGCUCAAUCUGCACCGCCACCAAGCAGUAUACCCAAGAGUUCGAUCCUAAGCUACUUCAAACCCUGCCGAUCAAGCUCGGCCACUGAAGCCUCCGACCCCUUGUCCGACUCGGAAAAGCUGGUCAACACCCCGCCUUCAUCACCUCCCGUUUUCAGAAAGAUCAAGGAACCCCGUCGUCUGAAGCUACGACACAGCACGCCACUGUCACAUUCGUCGGACCCUUUGGAGGGUGAGAAGGACGAGAAUGAAGAAAGUUGUAUUGUUGUUGGACGGAAACCACACCACGCUCGCAGGACGAGGGCACGAGGCGCCCCAGAGCUGCAAGAUGCCGACGAAAACAAACUGAACGAGCUUCCCGACCUCGGAAAGAUCGAAAACCAGGCUAGGCCGAAGAGACCUCCCUCCCGAUCAAAGCCUGUUCCGACUGUUCAGACGACCAUCAACCUCUCGUCGAAACCUACUUUUAUGGAGUGUAAGACAUGCCGGAUCGUGUACAACCCGCUGCACCCGGCAGACGUAAAAUACCACGCUCAACGGCACGCAGCCUUCCUUCGGAGCAGGACGAAGAAAGCAUGA